UUUCGGCACAGUCGCGUUCGUCCAGUGUUCUAAGCUAUUGCAUGGUUUUUGCGAUUAUCGGUUUUGGCUUCAACGCGUCUCGAGCUUACAUUAAUAUCGCGGUUCUAACCACUCAACCACCGUGGGUAUUGACAUAACAGUAUUGCUGUGAAAAUUGUACUGUAAAAGAAAAAGUGAAGAUCAGUUGGCAACCACUAUAUGAGAGUACGAGACCGCCGGUAACAAAAUAUAAACUAUCGAGUUGAUUUGCAUUGGAGGUAUAAUCAUGGCACGUCGGCAGUAUACAGUUGGAACUUUCAAACACAAGUUGUUUACAUCGGGACAGAAAUGGAUUUAUGAAUUGUUGAUAACACUAAUAUUAGUUGGGUUUUCAAAUUCAUCGAUUACUUGUGGUCCUGGCAUAUAUUCACCCGGAGGAACUACUCCGAAUGGUAAAAUUCUCGUCGAACACAACAGCAAUACUCCGUUGGAAAUUGCAUGCGUUUUAAAUCCUAACCACGAACUAUUACAGAAAGUGCUUAGUGAUAAUGCUGAUGAAGGUAACAAAUCAAUACUUCUAAGCCAGAGAAUCAGGUUCUACAAGAACGAAGAAUGUGUGCCCAAACAAUAUGUGUCGAUCAUCAACUCGACAGCAGCACAAUUGAGAGUACCUAAUCCUCCAACUGGUUCCGAUGUUUAUACAUGUAUGGUGUGUGUAGAUAAAAACAACAAGUGUGCUCAGGUAUCCAAAUCGUCUGUCAAAAAUGCUCUACAAAAAAGCAUCAUAAACACUGUUGGAUCUCAUUCGAGUAAUUCGCAUGAUGACUGCAUCGGGGUGUGCUUUAACAAUGUUAUUGUUGGAUAUAAACCAUUAAAGAUUACAAAUUUCUCUUGUAUCUCUAACAACUGGGAAAGUCUAUCGUGUAAUUGGACUAAACCGGAGAACCCGAUAAAAACCACUUAUAAGUUAUACUUUAGACUGCGUGGUCGUACUGGCAGUUCCAGAACUGUCACAAAAUGUCCUACUGACUCGGAUGUCAAUAAUAAUACUUGUUAUUGGGAUUUAUCUACCACACAACUAUACAGACAAUCACACGAGUAUUACCAUUUCGUGUUAAUCGGCGAAAAUGAACUGGGAAAUUCGUCAACGUCAAUUUCUUUUCAUCAUUACGCCAACAUAAUUCCUGCGAAACCUACAAAAAUCGCAGUGGUUGAUAAAACAGAAUCAAGUAUCAAUCUUGUGUGGUCUUUGGAUACAAUGUCUCUUUAUUCACAUGGAUUGAUUUUUAAGAUUCAAUAUAAAUCUCAAUGGGAUUCCAAUCCCGAACACUGGAAUUCAAUAAGUUUGAGUGAUAUCUGUAAGCCACAAUCGACAUCUCAAACCACUUCCGUCCAAGUUAUGACAUGUCUGGAACGCAACGCAACUAGUUAUUCUUUCAACUUCACCGGUUUAGAAUAUCCGUUUACUCGUUACAAUUUUUGCAUAUACGUCCGGACGGCAUUGGCUGUUGGGGACGAUAAGUGGUCUGCUCCGGGUUGCUUCACUACUAACACCAAGCCAACGAUUCCUAAAAGACCACCACAAACUGACAUUGGGAGCUUUGAAUAUGUAAUUUCGCCAUCAGACAAAUCCAAAAGGGACAUUGUGAUUUAUUGGCAACCUAUUGAAGAGAACGAAAAAUGUGGUGAAUCGUUUAAAUAUGUUGCUUACUAUAUUCAUACGACGGAAGAUAAACAAAUCAUCACUUACCUUAGCAAUGACGUAAGAAAGAAUCACGCGAGGUUCGAAAAUCUCAGUACCAGCAUCGGAUACGAAUUUAUAGUAAUCUCAUACAAUGAAGAAGGUUCAUCCAUAGAAUGUUCAAGGGUAUACGUACCUAGCGAAUCAGACACACUCAAUAAACCAGCAUCGUUCAAGAAAAAUGUAUUUGACAAACAAGGAAUUUUUGAAUUAUCCUGGAAAGACUCUGAUUCUCAAGAAUUAUCCACUGAAAAUCAACGAUAUUUUUACUCUUUAUUUUGGUGCGAAAAAGACUUGAUCGAUCCAAGGCAGUGUAAUGGUUAUAUGAACUGGAUGCAUGUGUCAAUUUCAGUAUCUUGUUACAACACUACUUUGUUUGAUGACAUGGAUAAAUAUAUUUUUGCAAUAAGUGUUAACAGCGAAAAUCAGAUGAGCAAUGGUAUCGAUUACCUUAAAACUAGAAGCAGCGGAAUGAUGUGGGAAUCAUUCAAUGACAAUGUAAAGAACGUUUGGGUUAGUGUCGUUGGUUCGACGUAUGUGGGUUUGAGCUGGAAAGUCUACUGUGAUGACAAGACUUGCUUAGUCGGAUAUCGCAUAUUUUACUGUCCCAUAGUUGCCAUAAAUAAUUCCCUCUGCAGAGAAACUAUGACAGAGAAAACAGUGAGAGAUGUUCAUAAAAAUGAUUGCGAAGGUUCUGUGUUAAUUACAAAUUUAAGGCCCUACACGGCUUAUUUAAUAGCCAUCGCAAUUGUUACAAGCAACGGUGAAACCAUACAUUUUGAUACUAACAUCAAAACAUUAAAUGGACCAAUAUUAAAAUGAAUAUCCUUCAAAAAUAAUGUAGUACAAAUAAUUUUUUUUUGUCAGAAUCCUAUUAUUUUUAUUAUUAAUGUAUUACUCUUAUUAUUUAUAUUAGUGUGUAUAAGUGCUUAAAAACAAAAUAGACUUUAUUAAAGGCAAUGUUAUAAUUAGGGCCCGUUACAAUGAUGUUGACGACUUUUGCAUCUUUUUUUGUGGAACAUCAUAAUUCAUAGACUAUGCUAUCCAAACCUAAAAUUUGUUUAAAUAACAUACAAAUCUAUAUAAUUACAUUUAAUUCUGCAGUUUUUGCGUUUUACUCGAUUUUAGGUCAUUUAUCUGACUUUCACGGUUUUUUUUGAAGUUUUAGAGAUUAUUUUUAUAAUAGAUAGAUA